GACAUCUUAUUGACAACUCAAAAAAAAAAACAAGGAAUAGAAAAAAUGAUAGGAAUUUUUAAGAAAAUUUUAACUUUUCUUGUAUUGAAUUAAUUAAAGGAGAACAAACAAUAAAUACAAUACAAAUUAAUUCAAAACAUUAUAAAGUUAAGUGGUUUUUGUAUUGUAAACAUACAAAAGUAGUGAUGAAUUGCAAUAAAUAAAUUAUUUUUGUGCCAGUUGAAAGACAAAAAAAUCUUUACCACGUACUACACAGAAAAAAUAAACGAAAUACGCCUUCAACAAAAGAAUUGAGCUUAAAAAACUUGUAUGUUGUUCUGGCAGGGAUGCUGAUAUACAACAAUAAAAGUUUUAAAUAUUAUCCUCAGUGUUUACUUUAAUAAAUUCAUAAUUUUGGAAACAGUGAAAAGUGAGAGAUUUGGCAACAAAACAUGUCUCGUCCUGAUUACGAACAAACCAUUUUGCAUCACAGUUAUUUGUUAGUGCUAUUACGAGGUGUUGGACCAUCCAAACCCAGAACAUUACAAAAAGCUUUCGACAAGGUCAGACGUGUAAACAAUGUGAAAAUAAUUGAUUCUAGUGGCAUCACCCGAGACAUUUGGAUACGUUAUAUUCAUGAUCAUCCGGUAGAGAAUAAUGAUUGGGGAGAUUUCCAAACUCAUCGGCGUUUGUUGGGUCUCAUUACCAUUGGCAAAUUUGACAGUCAGCCAGAAUUAAAUGAAUUGUGUCGUCAACACGAAUCGCUUAAGGUGCGUUACGGAAGUACUUUAUACGAUUCGCGAGCUAUAUUUUUUGGUCCAGCCCCAUUGGAAGAUGACAAAGCGGCUGAAGUGUCAAUUGCAAAUCAUGAUGGUGAAGUGGUUGAUUCUAAGGAAUUACCCACAAAUAAACCGAAACGUUUACAGGAUGAAUUUACCACACCGUCCAACUUUAAGGCUCAAGCUUUCUUCUAUAGGGAAAAUGAAAUGUGUACAGAUUUAGAAGCUCACAUGGCUGAUUUUGUAAAUGCUUUAUUAUGGGUUCUGGAAUCGAGACGUUUGGAGCGUUCUCGGGAAAAAGUAGAAAAAUGUUCACUCUUAACCGCACCCUUUGAAAAACGUGAUUUUGUGGGUUUAGAUAUGGAUUCGAGGAAUAAUCGUAAACGUGUGGUGGGUAGAGUAACAAAGAAUUUGGCAGAUCUUUCUUUACAGGCUGGUCUGCUGGAGGACGCCUUAAGUUUAUACCACAGUGCCUGUGACACUUUAAGGUCAAUUAAUGAUCUCUUGUGGGAAGGUGCUGCUGAAGAGGGUCUCUGUUCGGCCUCAGUAUGCUUACUCUAUCCCCAACUUAGAGCUGAUGAAACCUUACAUCGCAAUGCUUCCCUGCAAGAGGGUUCUCCUCUCAAAGGUACUCCCGAAAAAUGGCGACAAAGUGAAAUAACUAAACGUUAUAAUGCCAGCGAAAAAACUGUAGCAGAAAAUUCAGAAAAUGCGGCCAGCUCACCUACUCAUCUACCACCACAUUCGGCUUCUAAUUCAUCCGUUUCAUCUAUACUUACCACAUCAACCUUAUCUCAAGCUUCUACCAACUCAACAUCUUCAUCAUCUUCCACCUCGACCAUAUCGGCAGCAGCCAAUCACCGUUCCGGCCAACAUUCAGAUUUGCCUGGCAACAUCUUGAAGCCCGAUGAGAUUUUAUUCUAUUUUAAAAAUGCCAUCAUAAAUUAUAGCAAAUAUCGCAAUGCUGCUAUAGUAGAGAUUGAGGCUGCUUUUAAAGCAGCCCGCAUAUUUAUAGAACAAAAUCGUCCCCUGGAUGUGGCCAUGUGUUUGCAAAAUAUUUUAUAUAUUAAUCACUCAAUGACCGAAGCAGAUCGUAUAAAAAGUUUUGAAGUGAUGACUUCACUCUACCAGCAAAUUGGCUAUAGACGCAAGGCGGCCUUCUUUCAGCGUCUAGCUGCUUUGAAACAUGUUCAUCAAAACUCUUCGAAUCCCGAUUGGUCACAAACCUAUCGUCUUAUGUUGUCCAGUUUUCCGGGCUAUAUGUUAUCACUAGAUCCUUUGGAGGUGCUGGAAACCAAAUCGGGUUGGCCUUGUUUACAGAUUGAUUUACUACAGUCCCUCAUAACAGCAGCUAAACGUUUGGGCCACUCGACUUUAGCCACUAGACACAUGACAUUUUUAUUACAAACACAAUGGCAUAAUAUGACACCCACGGAACAAAGUGAAAUGGCAGUACAAUUGCAGAACUUAAGUGCUCAGUGUGAGGGUUCUCCAGUUCCUUUGGUUUUAGAAAAUGGUACUAUUAUACCACCUGCCAAUCUAACUGAUCUGCCGUUCUGUUUGGAUAUUGUAGUCAAAGAUUUACCAGCUCAUUUAAAACCUCAGCGCAUUAAAAUUGCCAAAGCUGACAGUGGUCCUUUUUUGUUUACACCAUUGCAAUUUAAUUCUAUUGAUAGAAGAGAUAAAAAUAAGGAUAAGCAUAAAAUACCAUUUUUCUGGGUACAAAACAAUAUUAGUGAAGUAACGGUACGACUGCGAAAUCCAUUACCUUUCGAACUGACCGUUUGCGAUAUGCGUUUGCUAACCAAUGGUAUUGUUUUCAAAUCUCUACCACAAACUAUAGUAUUACAACCACAAGUGCCAACAUAUGUCACCUUACAUGGAACGCCCAUGGAGGUGGGACAAUUAGAAAUACAAGGUUAUAGUACUCAUACAUUAGGUGUAAAAUCAAAUUGUCGCAUGAAACAUAUGAAGGAUAGAAAAUUUCCGCAGAAUUUUUUGGUCGAUGUAAUACCUGCACUGCCAACAGUUACCGUUAAAACAUCUUUACCCCAAACCGCUACCUUCAGUAAUAUGUCAGGUGCGGAGAGUGUGAUAACAACAGCCAGUCUGACAUUAUACAAUGGUGAAUCGUCUACGUGCGUUAUAACAAUAACAAAUGAUAGUGAAAUACCGGUGGAACAUUUAGAAGUAAAUAUAACAUCAAAUAUUGAACAGGACACACAGAAGAAAAUAUUUAAAAUAAAUGAGAAUUUGCAGUCUAUAUUACCUAUAGCUCCCAAAUGUAGUAAAGAUUUUAUGGUGGACAUUUUUGCCGAAGCUGAUUUCAUAUGUCCUACAGUUAAUCAACAUACGGUGCCGUCUGUACAUUCCACAAGUAUACAUCCCUACGAUCAUUCUCAUACCUUGCAAUAUUCCUCAACUUUAUCAGCAUCCAGUCAUGCCAGUUUACCCUCACGUGUUGGUUCCCCUAGCCAACAUUCAUCUACGCGACGUAAUGAUACCGCUUAUAGCAGUUUUCGUUCUACCACAUCCACCUCAACGGCUCAACAUUCGUUGGGAGCUCUUAGUUUAACAACAGUAGACGCAAAUUCAAUAAGCAAUCAGGCUCAACAUAUAGAAGCUCAAUUUCGUAUAAAAUAUUCAGGUGGCGAAGCCAUGCAAGAAGGUUAUUGUCGUCAGUGUUCGGUAUAUUUUAAACUUGAACUCAUCCAGAGUGCUCAAAUAACAAGUUGGGAUGUACUGCCGGCCGAAGUACCCUCACAAUUUUAUUUGGUUUUGGAUAUUACAAAUUUAACUGCUCAAGAGAUGACGCUCAAUUAUACGAAUAAUAAAAAUAUUUCAAUGGAGGCUAAAGAUAGUUGUCGAGUUCCGAUACCGGUAGAUCGUUGUUCAGUUGAACAAGUCUGGGCUGCUAGAGAAGCAGAAAUGGCCGAAAAUAUGGAAAAAGAACUCUGUUUUCGUACGGACAUGGGAUCGUUUAACGAUUCAGUAAGUCGUUUGUGUUCAAAACAUAUAGCUGAAAGAGUUAACAUCAACUGGUCAUUGACGGGUACCGACAUACAGGGCAUAGCUUCUUUAAAAGGCAUCAUUCUGACACCUACCAUGAUAGACUUGUGUACGGUAUCGCCCCUACAAUGGAAUAUUUCAUUUAAAAAUCAACCGGUACAACCACAAUCAGAAGUAAUUUGCACAGCCGGACAAAGUUCCAUAAUAAGCAUUACAGUUUGUAAUCAAUCUGUGCAGCCUUUGAAAAACUUAAUACUCACUAUAAAAUUUUAUCAGGACUAUUUAAAUGGUACAGAAAAUUAUAAUUUAGAAACCAGAGUUGCUAUUUCAGGCCCCAAUAGAAUUCGUAUACCAAUUUUACGAAAAGAUGAAAAGGCCAAUCAUGAAUGUACUGUGUUAUUUUUUACACCAGGACGUUUUAAGACUAGCAUACAAUGUCAUGCUAAACCACAAAAUUUAGGUACAGCGGCUUCAAACAAUACUAUGCUUUCCCGCUCGUGCCCUGUGCCACAACCAGCUGAGAAUAGCCUACAUAUUACUCUAAACGACAUAACUGUUGGUGCUCAAAGUUACCAUGAACAGCAAGAACACGUAUGGAAAUUUAUACCACCCAUAGAGGUGACCGUUGUUGAACAACAAUAAGUUGGUGUGAAUAAUAAUGAAAUUAUUAUGAUCUUAACAAAAUUUAAAACCUAUUAUUUUUAAGUAUUUGUAUGUAAAUAAGUAAUUGUAUUUCAAGAACUUUUCUAGUUAAAAGUAUGUAAUGUGAAGACCUAAUCUGGUAUUUAUUCAACAGAAGUUGCCAAUUCUCUAUAAAAACUUUAAAUUCUUUCAACUGAACGAUGAGGGUAAAAUAAUUAGUGAUAUUUUUUUUUUUUAUUUUAAUAAAAGGAAAAGCGUAAAAGCCCAAAGCAAUUGUUACUAAAAGCAUAAAUAAAUAAUAAUAAAUAUAAUGAAACUAUGUAUUGUUGUAUUAAGCAAUUAAACAUUUAUAUGCUUGUAUAAAUUAUUAUGCAAAUAAAAAAUAAUAUACAUAUAA